CUUUCCCAUAAAACCACCUUUUAUAAAUCCAUAUUACAAAAACCACUACUUACAUUUUACAUCUAUUCCCACUCCACUCCGACCAGACUAGUCCCAUCCUCACUCUCUCUCUCUUCUUCUCUCUCUCAUAAAAAGUUCUUGCUUUCUCAUCUUUUGUCUUUGUGUUCAUUUCUCUGUACAUUUUUAUUUCUUUAAUAAUAACAAAUUAUAUCUUGUUUCUUUUUUCUGUUUCACACCUUAGCCUUUCUCUCUCAAGAAAUACUACCUGAUCAGGCUAUAAAUUACAAAUUAAGCUUUGAAAUAUUAAGUCAAUGGAUUUGAUGGCAUCCGAACGCGUUUGUUAUGUUCACUGCAACUUCUGCAACACCAUUUUAGCGGUUUUGAAUACCAAUGAAGAACAGAAGGCACCUUUUCCUUACUCUUUAUAAAAACCUGUGAAUAGAGUCUAAGGAGGGACGGAGGGACGGAGGAGAGAGAGAGAGAGAGAGAGAGAGAGAGAGAGAGAGCAGCAGCAGCAGCAAAUAGUGCUUCUUUUUCUUCUUUGUUUCAUCACAAGGUGAGUGUUCCAUGCAAUAGUUCAAUGAAUAUGGUGACGGUGAGAUGUGGGCAUUGUGCCAAUCUGCUCUCUGUUAAUACUGGAGGUUCCCUUCAGUCGACUACAAUUCCUCCUCAUCAAGAUCCCCAGUUACAGAAACAACACCUGAGCUCUGAGGAUUCAAAUAAGAACUGCGGCUCAUCAUCAUCAUCAUCCAAAUCCAACAAGUUUGGUCAUGCAUUUGAGUCUCUAGAGCUUCAUGACCAACCUAGAAUCUCUCCCAUAAACCCACCAGAGAAAAGACAGCGGGUUCCUUCAGCAUAUAACAGGUUUAUCAAGGAGGAGAUCCAAAGGAUUAAGGCUAGUAAUCCUGACAUUAGCCAUAGGGAAGCUUUUAGCACAGCAGCUAAAAAUUGGGCACAUUUUCCCCACAUUCACUUUGGAUUAAAGCUGGAUGCCAACAGGGAACCAAAGCUAGACCAGGCUUUUGCAGGAGAGGGAACUCAAAAGUCUAAUGGCUUCUACUAAAACAAAACCGGUAUAUACAAUAUACCCCCUCCUGUGAGAAGCAUCUGCAGGCUUCUCUCUCUCUAUAUAUGUAUGUAUGAUGCAACUACUAAAAAAUAUUGAGGUUGAUGAAGUCUCCUAACCCUACAGCUGGGAAACCUCUUUAGAACCUCACUUUGUUUUUACUAUCUAUAGCUACGUGUUUAAAUUGACUUUCCCUAACUGCAAGAAGCAAAUAUACUAUUGUGGUUCGUUCA